GCGCGGGGUCCCAGGAGGGGCCGGGGCAGCUCCGGCUCCGCGCAGCAGCCGCGGCCCGGCCCGGCCCGGGAGAGCUGCUCGUGGCGCCGGUGGGGUUGGAAAAAGCCCUUCGAGAGCCCCCGGUCCAAGGGCGGACUCCGUUCCGUUCCCGCAGGCCGCCUGUCUGAUGCCGCAGCGGGGGCCGCUAUGGGGCGCGGGCAUGGAGGCCGCGCUCUGUAUCCACACGUGCCUUUGGCUCGGCGCCGCCUGGGUGCCGCUGGCCUCGCCGGACGGAGCGGCCGGCGGAGCGCAGCACGGCCCCGGCACUGACGGCGGCCGGCCCGGCGCGCUGAGCUGGGCCGUCAGCCUGGACGCGCCCGAGGAGCAGCUGGAGCAGCGUGCGGAGGAGCUGGCCCGCGCCGCGGGGCUGCGCAACAUGGGCCGCGUCGGGGAGCUCAAGGGCCAUUACCUCUUUGCCUACCAGCCCGACGGCAGCGCCGGGCCCCGGCCCGAAGCAAUAAGGAGGUCGGUGGACGCUUUGUUUGCACAGCACGACAGCGUGCGGUGGCACUCGGAACAGAAGCUUCUGAAGCGAUCCAAACGCAGCCUGCACUUUAACGACCCCAAGUACCCCCAGCAGUGGCACCUGAACAACCGCAAGAGCCCUGGGAAGGACAUCAACGUGACGGGCGUCUGGGAGCGCAACGUGACGGGGCGUGGUGUGACCGUGGUGGUGGUGGACGACGGCGUGGAGCACACCAUCAAGGACAUACAGCCAAACUACAGCCCAGAGGGCAGCUACGACUUGAACUCCAACGAUCCUGACCCUAUGCCCCACCCCGACGAGGAGAACGGCAACCACCACGGGACCCGCUGCGCCGGGGAGAUCGCCGCUGUGCCCAACAACAGCUUCUGCACCGUGGGAGUCGCCUACGGCAGCCGCAUCGCGGGCAUCAGGGUGCUGGAUGGGCCCCUCACCGACAGCAUGGAGGCCAUUGCCUUCAACAAGCACUAUCAGAUCAACGACAUCUACAGCUGCAGCUGGGGGCCAGAUGACGAUGGGAAGACUGUGGAUGGCCCACAUCAGCUGGGAAAGGCCGCCCUGCAGCACGGCGUCAUAGCGGGUCGCAGGGGCUUCGGCAGCAUCUUUGUGGUGGCCAGUGGCAAUGGCGGGCAGCACAGCGACAACUGCAACUACGACGGCUACGCCAACUCCAUCUACACUGUCACCAUAGGGGCGGUGGAUGAGACGGGCUCGAUGCCGUUCUACGCCGAGGAGUGUGCCUCCAUGCUGGCCGUCACCUUCAGCGGUGGAGACAAGAUGAUGAGGAGCAUCGUGACGACAGACUGGGACCUGCAGAAGGGCACGGGCUGCACGGAGGGACACACGGGCACGUCGGCCGCCGCGCCGCUGGCCGCCGGUAUGAUCGCGCUGAUGCUGCAGGUGCGGCCAUGCCUCACCUGGCGAGACGUGCAGCACAUCAUCGUCUUCACGGCCACCAAGUACGAGGAUCGUCAUGCCAAGUGGGACGUCAACCGCGCCGGCUUCAGCCACAGCCACCAGCACGGCUUCGGGCUGCUCAACGCCUGGAGGCUGGUCAACGCUGCCAAGGUCUGGGAGUCGGUGCCAUACCUCGCCUCCUACGUGAGCCCUGCCCUGAGGGAGGGCAGGAGCAUCCCCCUGCUGCCCCAGCAGCUGGAGGUGGCCUGGAACGUCAGCGCCGCCGACCUGCAGCUGUCUGGCAUGCGGACCCUGGAGCACGUGGCGGUCACCGUCACCAUCACCCACCCGCGCCGCGGCAACCUGGAGAUCCGGCUCUUCUGCCCCAGCGGCGUGAUGUCCCUGAUCGGCACGGCCCGCAGCAUGGACUCGGACCCCAACGGCUUUGCCGACUGGACCUUCUCCACGGUGAGGUGCUGGGGCGAGGAGGCGCAGGGCACCUACAGGCUGGUCGUCAGGGACACGGGAGACGCCAGCCUGCGGCCCGGGACCCUGGCCCGCUGGCAGCUCACCCUCUACGGCUCCUCCUGGGCCCCUGCUGACAUAAGGCAGCGGCAGAGGCAGCUGGAGGAGGCCAUGAGCGGGCAGUUCCUGAGCAGUGACUUCUCCCUGCCCUGCCCUCCGGGGCUGGACAUCCCCGAGGAGCAGCACUACACCAUCACAGCCAACACCCUCAAGACCCUCCUGCUGCUGGGAUGCUUUGCCGUCUUCUGGACUUUCUACUACAUGCUGGAGGUUUGCCUGACCAGGAAGGACGUGGGGCUUGACCUGGCGUGCCCCAGCUCUGCCGCCUGCAGGUGGUACCAGGCAGGAGGGAAGCGCAGAGCCCCCGAGAGCGACCUGGAGAUGGAGUCUGUGCCACUGUACUGCGAAAAGGACGGCGAACUGGAGUGUGAACAGCCAGAGCCUGCCCACGAGGAUGAGGGGGAGGAGGUACCCUGGACCCCCACUCACCCCAAACUCCCUGGCAGUGGCAGAGCCACCAGCUUCCAGGAGGCAGCCCCCGGCAGCACAGGGCACCUCGGCCGGGAGGCAGCAGCCGAGCUGCUCUCAGAGGACAGGGAGCUCCAGCCCUGCUAGCUGGGGCUGCAACCACUCUCACGGUACGUCCUGCCUGAGCAUGGCCAGCACAGGCUCCCUGGGCGCCAGGGGCUGGGGUUCAGUGGCAGGAACCUGCUGCUGGAAGUAGCUCAGGCACAGAGUGCUGGCAGCAGAAGAGGAGCUUCCCCUUCCCGCGCUCUGGAACACAAAGUAAGCCUUAAAGCCGUUUGAGACAGAGCCUUUGGAGGCCUCCCUUGGUGCCUGGAGCGAGGCCUGUGGCUCUGACUCCCCUCCCGGGCACACAGCAGGGCUCGGGGGUCUUUGUGCCCCCUUCUGCAGCCUCAGCCUGGGAACUGGUGGGGCCCUGGCAGCCGCCUCCGCAGCAGGGACCCCGCAGCCCUGUCCUGGCCCUUUCACCUGCGUGCUGCAGGGUGGGCACAGCAGCAGCCCUGGGUGCUGGCAGUCUGGCCAUGGUGCUGCCCGUGACUGGGGGGACAGGAGGGCCAGGCCGAGGGCCUGGGCGGUGGCUCCCGGGCAGCGCCGUCGUCUCCGUCGCGUGUCUCGGGGUUGGGCCGGAUACUUUUUGUAAAGCCGGGGUGGUUUUUUAAGGAGUGAAGCCCUUUGCAGUAGCUUUCCAAAUAAAGCCUGGAAAACCCA